AUGCAACCAGAGCCAUGCACGCGAGCUCCCUGCUGCCUGCCCAAUACCACUCGCCUGCAACACGCCUGCGCCCAAAACAACAACACCGCCGCCGACAACGAGGCCGGGACGCGACGACCAAGGAAAACUGUGUGUGAGAGUGUGAGAGAGAGAGAGAGAGAGAGAGAGAGAGAGAGAGAGAGAGAGUGUGUGUGUGUGUGUGUGUGUGUGUGUGUGUGUGUGUGUGUGUGUGUGUGUGGAAAAUUCAAAUUUCUUGGUCCCGGACCGGGCUCACGAGUGCUAAGGACGGUUUGCGCCGGUCAAUCUGACCGCCACGCCCAACAGAGUAAGAGUAAAACGCAAUUCGUCUCUCUGUCUCUGUCUCUGUCUAUGUCUCUCUUUCUUCUCUCUAGUACUCUCUGUCUCUCUGUCUGUCUCUCUGUGUGUCGCCAGUUCAUCUGUGUCUCUAUUCUCUGUAUCUGUUCUCUUUCUCUCUUUCUCUCUUUCUUUCUCUCUCUCUCUCUCUCUCUCUCUCUCUCUCUCUCUCUCUCUCUCUUUCUCUCUCUCUCUCUCUCUCUUUCUUUCUCUCUCUCUGUCUCUUUCUCUCACACAAAACGAAAAAAUCUUUUCUCCCUUUUUUUUGAUUUUGUUGGCUGGGGCCACUGCAUUCAUUUGCACGGCACACAGGGGGUCGUUGAGAGACCCCAACGGGCCGACAACGAGAACAGAUUUUUCCACGCCCCGAUCACCAUGAAGCUGCUGCUUGGCCUUGGCCUCCUUUGCGUGGCCUUGGUUGCGUUGCCCGCCGCGUAUGACAAGGGCGAAGAGGUGGUGCUGUGGAUGAACACUGUGGGCCCAUACCACAAUCGCCAAGAAACAUACCCCUUUUUUGCCCUUCCCUAUUGCCGAGGCCCCAAGAAGGCAAUCUCCCACCAUCACGAAAGCCUUGGCGAGAACCUGCAGGGCGUUUCCCUCGCCUUUAGCGGCCUUGAUAUUCGCUUCCAGACAGACACCCCCGUCACAGAGUACUGCUCGGUCGAGCUCUCGGACAAAAAGUUUCGGGCCUUCUCCUACGCCGUUCGCCACCACUAUUGGUAUCAAAUGUACAUUGAUGACCUCCCCAUGUGGGCUCUCGUUGGUGAUUUCGGCAAGGGACACGACGAUAAUGAGAAGGUGUCCGACGAACGCUACAUCUGGACUCAUAAGCGCUUCGACAUUGGCUACAAUGGCAACCGCAUUGUCGAUGUCAACGUCACCACCGGUCGUCGCGUCCUGCUUCAGCCCGGCAUCACGCUCCACUUUAGCUACCAAGUCAACUUUCACCAGUCGGACAUGGAGUUUGAAACCCGCUUUGAGAAGUACCUUGACCCCCACUUUUUCCAACACCGCAUCCACUGGUUCUCCAUCUUUAAUUCCUUCAUGAUGGUGGUGUUCCUCGUGGGCCUGGUGGCCAUGAUCCUCAUGCGCACCCUUCGCAAAGAUUUUGCUCGCUACCAAAAGGACGACGACCUCGAUGACCUGGAACGUGAUCUGGGUGACGAGUAUGGCUGGAAGCAGGUGCACGGCGACGUGUUCCGGCCGCCAACCAACCCAGUGCUCUUUACCGCCCUUGUAGGCACGGGCGCCCAGCUUUGCUUUGUGGCCCUCUGUGUUAUCCUCUUUGUCAUCAUGGGCGACUUGUAUACGGGCCGCGGCUCGGUCCUGACCACGGGCAUUUUUGUGUAUGCUGCCACCUCGCCGGUCAGCGGCUACUUUGGUGGCAGCCUUUACGCUCGCUAUGGCGGGCAGCAGUGGCUCAAGCAGAUGGCCUUCACCGCCACCCUCUUGCCCCUUACCGUCAGCGCCACCGUCUUUCUCGUCAACUUUGUCGCCAUGUCUUACAGCGCCUCCCGUGCCAUUCCCUUUAUGACCAUGGUGAUCAUCGUUUGUAUUUGGCUGUUUGUGGUGCUGCCCCUGACUUUGGUGGGCGCAGUGCUCGGCCGCAACUUUGCCGGCAAAAGUGAUCCCCCCUGCCGUGUCAACCCCGUUCCUCGCCCCAUCCCAGAGAAGAAAUGGUACACGGAGAGCUGGCUCAUCACACUCAUGGGUGGCGUGCUGCCCUUUGGCUCUAUCUUCAUCGAGAUGUACUUCAUCUUUACCUCCUUUUGGGCCUACAAGAUCUACUACGUAUAUGGCUUUAUGCUUCUGGUCUUCCUCAUUCUGGCCGUCGUCACGGUCUGCGUGACUGUCGUCUGCACCUACUUUACGCUCAAUGCCGAGGAUCAUCGGUGGCACUGGACAUCAUUUUUGUGCGGUGCCUCCAUCAGCCUCUAUGUCUACCUCUACGCUUUUUACUAUUACUUUUUGAAGACGAAAAUGUCCGGCAUUUUCCAAACCACAUUCUACUUUUCCUACAUGGCCCUGUUUGCCGUUGCUCUAGGCAUCAUCUGCGGUACGCUGGGCUUUAUGGGCAGCUCAACGUUUGUGUACAGGAUAUAUAAGAACCUCAAGAUUGAUUAGAGUCAGCGGUUGUAACGACCUGGUUGAAAAGGCGGCCGGGCUUUCACAGCAAGAAGAAUGGCCUUGUCCUUGUUUCGUUUGUGGCCAGGUUGUGCUUGUGUUGCGCUCAGGACAGCGCGUACAAGAUUUAUCCACCAAUCGACCCAUACUCCUC